AUGGUCAAGUUCGCCUCUCUCCUCCUGGCGCUUCCAGCCGUGUACGCCUUCGAAUGCCGUCCCGAAGGCCGAAUCGUCCCGGCCCCCCGCGACUUAACCAAGUCCAAAGUCUUCAAAGACGCACUCGCCAACUUCACGGCCUCCCUCGACGGCGUCUUCAAGGGUAAAGUCCGUGUCGGCUGGGAGACUAAGAACGUCUCGCUGUCCAUGGGCCUGGUCCAUACCGGCCAGGACAAACCCACCAAGCCGCUGUGGGAGUACCACCAUCUCGGCUCGGCCAACGUCAACGGCACCAAGCAUCUGGAUCGCCACUCGCAGUACCUUGUUGGGUCGGUGUCCAAGGUUAUUACCGAUGCUAUCCUACUGCGCAGUGGCGUGGACCCGGAUACGCCGGUUACUAAGUACCUGACGAAGCUGAACGCGUCGGAGUCUAUCAUCGACUGGAAUAGCAUUACGCUCCGGGCGCUUGGCGGGCAGCUGUCUGGCAUUCCCGCUAAUUAUGGCUUCUCUGAAUACCACUACAUCAAAACCUACUUCGAAGCCCUCGGCUUCCCCCACAUCAACGACACCUCCUACCCCCCCUGCGGCGUCAUCGGCCUCAACACCGAAUGCACCGCCGACCAAAUGCUAACCGGCAUGCUGACCGCCCACCCGCAAUCCGCUCCCGAGCUCCGCCCCGUCUACUCCAACAUCGCCUACACCUUCCUCGCGCUCGCCCUCGAAGCCGCCACGGGAAAAAACUACACCGUCCAACUGCAAGACUACCUCUCCACCCCGCUCAACAUGCCCUCCACCUUCCCCAGCCCGGGUGAUGAUAAGCUUGCCGUCAUCCCCCCCGUCGAAUCCACCUGGGGCUCACCUUACGGCAUCAACGCCCCCGGCGGCGGUUUGGUGUCUACGCUUGCGGACUUGUCGGCUUUCCUCCACGCUAUCCUUACCCGCUCCCCCCACCUCGCCGAGGAUCCCACUGAUAUCCUCGCCUGGCUGCAACCACGGACCUUUUCGGGAUCCCACAGCGGCGCGGUCGGUUUGCCCUGGGAGAUCUUCCGCCCGCAUCCGAGCCUGCUGUUUCCUCACUACGACCCCGUCGCCGAAACGGGCGGGCACACAGUCAGUAUCUACGCCAAGGACGGUGCUGCCUACGGAUACCAUGCGCGUAUCGCUUUGUUGGAUGAGUAUGGUGUGGGGCUGGUGCUGUUGACGGCUGGGGAUCAAGAUGCGUUGGGGGAUGUGUAUGAUGCUGCGCUGACUGUGCUGGUGCCUGCGCUGGAACAGGCCGCGCGGGAGCAAGCGGAGCAGCAGUAUACGGGUUCGUUUCGUGGGGUGUCGAGUGAGGAGACGGGUGGGGUGGUGGUUAACGCGACGACGGAGCUUGAUGGAACGUCAUUGUUGUUGACUGGACUCUGGCGGAACGGGUCGGAUAUUAUUUCCGGGUAUCGACAAUUGUGGGAUGUGACGCUGUCGCCUUUCCUGCCGUCGAUGGAGUUGACGGAUAAGUUCCGGAUUUAUCCGACGGAGAUGGAGCGGAAGAAGACGCUGGGGGAUGGAAGGGAGGUGGUGGAGGAGGAUUGGAGGUUGUGGUAUGUGUUGGAUCGGGAGUCGGUGUCGGAGUUGCCCGGGAAGGGGUUGAGUAAUAAUGAUUGCUUGACGUGGACGUUGACGGAUUGGUUGUAUUAUGGGAAUGAGCCGGCGGAUCGGUUUGUGUUUACUAAGGAUGCGAAGACGGGGGAGGUGUUGGCUUUUGAUGCGCCGUUCUUGAGGUCGGGGGCUAUGGAUAAGGUUAAGGUGGGGGAGUGUUAA